AUGAAGUUAUAUUGAAACUACUGCGUGGUAAGCCAAAUUUAAUCAUCGAAGAUGCUUCCGUAACACACGAUCUUUCCAGUGUUAAUCGAAUUGAUCAUGUAAAUACAGUAGAGCCUAACACAACCCAAAUACACACAGCAAAAUUUAUCAAUGCAGAGAUGUCAACUGAAACAGAGAAAAGUAAUAUCACGAAAUUAAAAAAUCAAGAGGCCAGUAAGCCUGAAGGUGAACAAAGGAAAUCAUUUCAAAGGCGCCAAGUAUCAGAUUAUACAGCUUUAUCCAUUCAUAAAGACGUCUUGAAAGAGCUUAAAGAUGGGAAAUUUAACAUGGAAAUUGCUCCUUCUGACCUUGUUGACUUUGGUGGACAAAGGUCAUUUGAUAUGACUCAUCAAUUAUUUAUUCAGCAAAAAGGAACUUUUGUAUUAAUGUUUGAUGGAAGCAUAGGUUUAUAUGAACCACUGAAGGAAUAUCCACAAGGCAAUUUCACAGCGGCAUCAAUACUUACUCAUUGGGUCAAUUCAGUCCUUGCGUAUUGUGGAGACAGUGAUGACAAAAUGCCAAUGAUAGUAUUCGCUGCUACGCAUAGCGACUAUUUUGAAGAGAAAGUACUGAAACGAAAAGCAAAACAGUAUACAGAGGAACUGACAAAAAUGUUUAGCAUCCAUAAACAUAACAAACACAUUGUUUGUGGCAGAGUAUUUUUUAUAAAUGCUACCAAUCCAAAAGAUCUUGAAAUCAAAAAUCUUACAGCUGAUUUGGUUGAAAUUGCAUUUCAACAGCCAACAUGGGGUGAAAGGAAGCCAAUAGCUUGGGUUCCGUUAGAAUUGGUAAUUUCCGAAAUGAAAUCGCGCGAUGUCAAACUGAUAACCAAAGCGGAAAUGAAAUUUCUUAACGAAUCACACAAUGAUUUCGUACUGAAUGAUAUUCAGUUUGAACACUUUCUAAAAAUUCAACACUCCUUUGGUAAAAUUCUCUAUUUUGCCUUUCCUGGAAUUGAUGAUUUCAUUGUCCUGCAACCUGUAGCUAUGGUAAAUAUUCUUCUGUCGUUUGUCACGGAUGAAUGUUUCUGGCCAAGGAAAAAACAUCUAGCAAAGAUACACAAAGAUCUUCAUGAUGGUGGCUCCAUUACAAAAAGUGAUCUUUUCCAACUAUGGAAUCAGAAGCCUUUUAAUGAGAUAAUGCCUGAUGAGAACUACAAGAAAUACAUUCUGCAGGUUCUUAUUCAUCUUGAUGUUCUGAUUGAGCCCAAACGUCACAAAGAAGGACAAUCUAUGGCAAAUGAUUACCUGGUACCUUGUAUUGUCAAAACUACAGCUCCAGCCAACUUUCUCGACAAGGACGUUGUUGGAGACAGAACAUUAUGCAUAGCAUAUGAAAUGACUGAUCUAGCUGUCCCGUCUGCCUUAUCGUUCAAGUUAAUUGCCACAGCUUUGGUGGUGUGGCCACUGAAAGAAGAAAACGGUCGGCCGUGUCUAUAUUAUCAGUCAGCUUUGUUGAAUGUUGAUGAACGCAAUGAACUUCGUAUAAUGAUUGAAGGACAGCAUGUCAUGGUGUACCUCACAAAUGCAGAAUCAAUACAUUUGAUAUCACCAGAUGUGGCGGCAAGUAUUCAAGAAUGUCUUACAUUAGCCUUGACCAACAUUCUCAAGUUUUACCUUCAGAGUUUUGGAAAGUUUUCAGUCGACCUGGAUGUUUCCCGCUUUUUCAACAUUAAAGUUGGAUUGAUUUGUCACAGAGAGGUUUGCCUAGUACCGUUGUCGGAUGUUAAACUACAGAAAGAAUGGACAUGCAAGCACGAAGUAAAGCAUCAAACGAAAUAUCCAAUGUACUGGAUAUUUGACAAGACGAAUGAACUUUGUCCUACCAGUUGUAAAGGAUUUGAAAGUGAUGCCCUUGAUUUAACUCCAAAUGAUCAACAUUUUGUUCGAUUAGCGAAACAAAUAGAGGUUAGCGUGUUUGACCAAUUUCUGAUUCAUCUAGGACUGACUACUGCAGAAUGGGAAGGAAUUGUAUAUCAAUAUGACGGAAAUGGGGAGGUCGGCAAGAAGCUAAUGGCAUUGUAUGAGUGGAAAAAGAAGAGAGAGGCAAAGCUUCAGCCAGUUAAAUUGAAGCUGGUCUCUAAUGCUUUAAUAGAAGUUGACAGGCAACAUUAUCUUUGCCAGAUUCUGAGAGAAAAUACCUGCCUAAUAGAUAUUGCAGACAGUCGCUUACAAGAGAUUCCUGCUGAUGAAGUUCUAAACAGACUGCCUAAACAUAUAGGAAACUGUGUCAUACAGCUUGGUAUUGAAUUAGGACUCAGUUUCUAUAGUAUCGAGGAAACCAUGCAUAACCACUUCAAGGAUAUGUAUAGUCAGUUAUAUGACAUUUUGAAGAAAUGGAAACAAUCCAGCAGUAUAAAACCAACCAUAUAUAGAUUGAUGGUUGCCCUCCAGCGUACAGACUCUGGUGGACUUGCAUUUUUAAGAGAAGAAUAUUUGCAUCCUUAAACAAAGUCUUAUUUCGUGAACCAUAAAAUCUAUUAGUUAGAAAAAUAAGUUGAUAGUGUCAAAUGAUUAUUUAUAGAUAGUUGUUUUCAUUUAGAAACAUACUUAUUUUCUCUUUGCAAAUCGACGGCAGAAUUUCCAGGAAAUCUCACCAGUUAUGUAUUGUAUUUAAAAUGUAGGAUGCCAAUUGAUGCACACGACACUUAUUUCCAAAAUAAUUUUUAUCAGAUACGCUCAAGACAAAUCAGUUUGACAAUAAAACAUUGAAGUGCAUAAAAAAAAACCAUGCCGGCCUCUACAGAUCAGCCAAUUUCGUCUUAUUGUCAGCGUGGAAUAGAUGUAACCUCAGUUUCAGAAUUUACAAAUAUCAUUUAUACUAUUUAAAUAUUGAAAAUUGGCAACAGGGCGGAUUGUUACCUCUUCGAUUAACAUUCGUGUAACAGCGCUCCAACUUAAUGAUAGUCGUGUGGGUAUAAUUUUCAGAAGUAACCGUCACCUCAACAGUUUGGAAAGCCAAAUUCAUAAAACAUUCAAAACCAUCAAAACUACGGGGCAUAUACAUAACAUUACAGCCAAAAUGGCCAAAGUCAUUUGCCCGAGAAAAACCAUAACACUAUAAGUUAACUCAUCAUAGAUACCAGGAUUAAAAUUGUGUACGCCAGACGCGUGUUUUAUCUUCAAAAGACUCAUCAGUGACGCCCGAAGAAAUAAAGUUAAAAAGGUCAAAUUAAGUACGGUUGAAGAGCAUUGAGGGCCAAAAAUUCCGAAAGGUUUUGUCAAAGAAAGCUGAGGUAACCUAUUCCUAGGGUAGAAAAUCCCAUCAUAAAGCAUCCUAGAAGUAAUUGAUCAGUGACAGGGAAAUCUGCCUUUUUAUAUAUCUGUUAUAUCUUAUUUGCUACCUGCUUAUUAUCUACAUGUUUUGCUAUAUGCUUGUGCUGUGAAUUUUAAUUGCUUUUUCUUCAAUGAUUUGUUUUAAUCAUAUUUAUGUGCUUUUAUGACAUUUAAAGGUGCC